AUGGCAGAGGAGCUGGACAACGUGGGGUUCGAGACUCGGCUGGAGCGGGUCCAGGAGGCGCUCCGGAUGGAGAACCAGGCUUGGCGCGAUGUGGCUGGCGCCAACAACACCAAGCCUCCAGCCGAGUUCCUUGGCCCGCUCUCCAAAGACCUUCUCAUCGAUCCGGUCAAGGCCAUCGAUGGCAUCGUCUAUGAGCGCUCGUGCAUCAAGCUCUACCUCCGCUUCCACGACACCAUGCCCAACAAGCCGUCCAUGCCUGCCUCGGACGAGCUCGAGUCGGACUCGGAGCUCCGCCAGCGCAUCAUCGAGUGGCGCCACAACCAGGUCCUGGCUCACUGGGUCGACAACCCGCCCAAGUAG